AUCCUUAUGGUCUCUGCCAACACGGCCUAACGUUAAACACGGUGAGAUGUUUAUAAAUAUUUCAUAUUUUCCUCACACACUUCCAUUAUCUUCUGAUCUAAUGACAAAUACUUUAAGGAUAUGUGAGAACACGGACUUCGAACUUUGCUUUAAGCGAUCAUGCUUUUAUUGGGUCGAGAAGUCUUUUUUUUUUUUUUUUGGUCUUUUUUUUUUUUUUUAAUAGUUUUGUUUAGCUCCAGUUUUUUAUUGUUCCGUUAUCAGUUCAGUUCUGAUGAGACCUUACUUAUAAUGACAAAUACUUUAAGGAUAUGUGAGAACACGGACUUCGAACUUUGCUUUAAGCGAUCAUGCUUUUAUUGGGUCGAGAAGUCUUUUUUUUUUUUUUUUUGGUUUUUAUUUUAUUUUUUAAUAGCUAUGUUUAGCUACAGUUUUUAAGUGUUCCGUUAUCAGUUCAGUUCAGAUGAGACCUUACUUCUAAACAGCAUGUCAAGAGCUAGUUGAAAGCUAUUGUUGAAAGAACGAUUAGGAGACGAUGACUUCAUUUGCAUUACACACCGUUCUUUGUUUGUAUUUUUAAAAAGAAAAACAUAUUAUAAGGAAUAAAAAUAUACUUUAUUCAUAAUGUACGUUUUUAAUUAACUGACGUUCCCACUCGCCAUAAGUUAUGCUAUUUAAUUUCAUUUUUUAAAAAAUGGAAUAAAAGUUUCUAUUUCAUUCAGCACACCAAACUGCCUUUAUCGAGUCUCAACCAAAAUGUCAGUACAUGUUCCGGAAACCGUUAUAUUGUAAGACGAACUGUUCUGCUCAGUUCUACAGCAACAACUUAACCAUUGGUCGCUACGAAUGGUUGGUUACUGUGUACCCCAAUGUGACUGGCACACAUAGUGACUUGAUCUAUGGUGCAAAUUGGACACGCACUUUUAAUAUAGGUGAGUUUGUUUAGAAUUAAAAUAAUAUUAAAUAAUAAUGAUAUUAAUAAUAAUAAUAAUUAUGAUAAACUACAUAAUAUUUACGAAAUUACUGUGAAUAUCGCUCUGUUAACCAUUGACUUUUUAUUGUCAUAUAAUUAGUUAUGAGUUUGAAGUACCUUUAAAAGGCAAGGGAAAAAAAUAACUUAGUUUAUAACAAAUAUUUUAAAGACAUCUCGUGGGGCCAAAAAAAUCAAUAUGCGCCUAGAAUUAUAUUGUAAAUAUCAGUAGUUUAAUGUAAGAUUGUAGCCAUUGACUAAACAGUUUAUAAGAAAGAUAUAUACAGAGAGAUAUUUUGUAUGUAAGUUUAGUGUUUCAAGAAUGAUACACAAUUCAUAUAAUUUCAAAAAAUUGUAGUUUAAUUUUAUCCUAUUCUCUUCAAUUCUUCACCAAUGCUUCGCUGACAGCGUUUACAUUUAUUCAGAUAACCCCGAGGUCACACUUAUUGACUGUCCAGACAGCAUUAAACAGGGAGAGAUGCUGACUUGUCAAUGUAGCGUGUCAACAGCCAGUACCACCGUAACCACAACGGUGGAAUGGUUUAAAAAGAAUAGCGUAGUUAGUUUAGGGAACCAAUCUGCAAUUCUAAACUUGAAUUCAUCAAAUACUUACGAAGGUAAAUUUCUAGAUUAAACAGCACAUCACCUGAAUAGAAAAUUAAAAGUUAAAAUAUUUUUCAUAUUGCUUACUUUGUUGACAGUUACUAAAAGUAACUAGAUAAAAUGUUUUUUUUUAUAUGAGAAAAUAAAGUACAUUGUAGUGUAAUGGCAAACUCAGAAAUUUUGGGAAAAAAAACAACUAAAGACUAUUAUUAAAAUCUAUGUUUUUUUUAUGAGUAUAAUCAAGUUAAAGAGACGAUAAAAUGAACCUAUAGAGCUCUUUUAACCGCCAUCAUAUCCAAUGGCUUAUAAUACUACAACAAGAUAUGAGUAAAACAUGAGAAUGUGUCCACCUCAUAAGUGAAGGUUGGAUCUGUAACGAGGUCAAAUGGGUGGGAAAAAAAAAAAGGGGGGGGGGGAAACAGCAAAAGGGAAGGGGAACAAAAACAUGAGAAUGUGUCCACCUCAUAAGUGAAGGUUGGAUCUGUAACGAGGUCAAAUGGGUGGGAAAAAAAAAAAAGGGGGGGGGAUACAGCAAAAGUGUAGUGGAACUUGUUAGGAGUAAAGUGAGACACACACAAAAAAACAACAAAACAAUGCUAGUCAUCCACUCAUCCGUAUCUUUCUGUCAGUCGUUUUGAAAAAGUAUCCCCAAUCAAUAUAUAUAUAUAUAUAAUUAGUAGAAAAUUCCGCAGGAAAACAAUUUAUUUUUUGUUUAUUUUUGAUGUAUAAUUUACACAUUUUUAUCUCCCUUUACAAACAAGACAUGCUUGCAUUAUAAAGAAAUUAAAUUAAAUUUUUAUUUUACUUUUAAAUUCUUUAGUAAUAAUGUGUGUUAAUCUGUGUUAAUGAUUAUUUUAUUGUAAUGCUCAAAUUUUUUACCACCUUAACAGUGUUAGUUAUUUUAAAAGUGGCUUAAGUUUCCUAAUCCUAAAACACAUUUUUUUAAAAAUUCACUUUCUCACAACGUCUUAUCCAAAAGUUUAUUUUACAAGUAAGUCGAAGACUAAUAUAAACAAAGUAUACUAAACAUUUCACUUCAAAUUAUCUCUGCAAAAUAUUUUUUUAAAUACUUUUUUUUUUUGUUUAACGAUAACUGUAAAAGGGCAAGCAUCUCUCUGCAAUUAAAUAUAUAUUUUAUAAAUUGCGUAUUUUCUUAUAAAUUAAACUUAAUGAAUGCUAGCAUGUUUAUUUCAUAAUCUUACCAAAUGUGUAGGAAGUUUUGUUGAACAUAUAAAAUUAGAGUCACACACAUUAUUACUUCAUGUUUUGACACAAGGCGCACUUGAUGUAUUAACAGCAUCCACUUAACCCAUUAACAUUAUCACAUGAUGACAAUUGAGGAUCUUUAUUAUGAACAAGUGGAAUGGAAGUGGACGGUGCGUGGACAAAGGCGUAGGCUAAUAUGUGAAGAGGCGUUCAUUCAAUGUGGCGAUUUUUAUUUAUAUUUAUUUGCGGGGAUUUUCGGCCAAUAGAAAUAAUUUUAUCUUAAGAGGAGGUGGCUAAAAGCCGCGCUCGCCCACCAGCAGCAUAACCAAUGCUACGCCAAUGUGUCUGAGCCAAUUCAGUACAUUUGAAUUUCGUUCAUCAUUUUAUAAAAGUAGCAGUCAAGUUCAAGAAAGACUAAUAUAAAUACUGUAGAAUAUAUUCAUUGCUUCUUUGUACAGUCUUAGUCAAUGUACACUGUUGGUAAUAAUCAUUGGUAUAUAACCCAACUCAGAACAACUAGAAUAUAAGUAAUAUAAGAGCAUUUAGAGACCUUCUGCCGUUCGUAGAAGGAAAUUAUGCCCAAUGUAAUGGCUCAUAGACUUUUAGUUCCUCGUCAUCAUUGUUGAAUUCAGAUUUACCCAAGACGACGCCUUUUCAUUCCAAACAAGUACACUACACAAUACACUAGCAUUUAAAGAAAAAUGGGUAAAAAUAGAAUUUAGCAAUGAAAGUUAAUUCAAACGAUAAUCAUAUUAUAAAAGAAGAUUCAAAUACAUUUAGUUUAUAUUAUCAUUAUUUCUGCACAUACUUUUUGCAUCAUAAUCAUCAGUGACACUACAGCCUACUUAGGGCCAUGACCUGUUCCACCACAUCCUUCCAUGCAAAUCGAUACGCCUCAAUGACCGAACCCCCAACUAGUGUAAAUCCGAUUCCACAUCUUCGAUCCAUCUCUUUCUUGGGCGACCAGUGAGACGUCUGCCCAUAGGCUUCUGCCCGUAUAUCACGUUUGCUGCUCCACAUUCCGUCAUCCUUUCAAUAUGUCAUGCCCAGCGAAAUUUGCUUUUUUUAUUGUUGCAAUGAUGGGUGGAUCUUUGUACAAUUGGUAUUGCUCUUGGUUUGUACGGAUUUUCCAGAUAUCAUUCUCCAUCAUUGGGCCGUACAUUUUUCUGAUGAUUUUCCUCUCCCAUGUAUUGAGAAAGUUCUCUGCUUUUUGGUAAGGGUUCAAGUCUCACUAGUGUAAGUUACUCUGGUCUUAUGAUAAUAGCGUAUAUUGUCUUUUUUGUUUCCCUUGAGAGGAGUUUGCUUCCCAGUAGCUUUUGUUGGUUAAAAUGGGAACGGGUGCCUGCUGCUAUUAUUUGUUUUCAGCUCCGAAAUUUUGUCAUUGUGCUCGUUUAUAGUUGCCCCUUGAUAUUUGAAUGUAGCCACUCAUCCAAAUAUUUGGUUGUUUAUAUUGAUGUUGUCAUCCGUGGGAGUUUUGUGACAUUUUCAUAUAUUUUGUCUUCGGUUCAUCUACAUCAAGACCAGCUUUGACUGAGGCAUGUUCAAGUUACCUGAAUGCUUUAAUUAUGUCAUUACUGUUUCUUCCCAGGAGCGCUAUAUCGUCUGCGUAUGCCAGGUCCUGCAAUGGCUGGCUAUAUCAGGUUCAACAAAUUUGUCGUGGGCCCCUAAAAUAUAAGAGGAAGAAGAAGAGGUUUCUGCUGGUUGUUGUUCUGUAGUAUCUCUCUGGAAGUAGCUUGUUAUGGUUCUACUGGUGCUCACGCGUAUGCCUCAAAUAACUUUUUCUAGUGUGAAAUUAAACAGGAGACAUGAUAGUGAGUCUCCAUGUCUGAGACCCUGAUUAAUUGAGAACUCCCUGGAGUAUUCUCCCUGCACUUUGAUUCUAAUUUAGGAAUUAGCCAUCGUCAUAUGCACGAACCGAGUAAGCUUGUUAAGGUCUCCAAGUUCUUGUAGAACGUUGUAUAAAUAAUUCCCGUCUACGCUUUCAUAUGCUGUUUUGUAAUCCACCUAUAGUUGCUGUAUGUCGAUGUUAUAUACGUAACAUUUCUCUAGGAGACAUAUAAUAGUAAAAAUAUGAUCAACGGUUGACUUCUUCUGUCGAAAUCAUCAUUGGUAAUCCCAUAGGAUCUGUUCACUAUGCUUUUCCAGUUUUCUUACUAUAAGUGUUGUGGGGAUUGUAAUGUACAUUACAUUAAGGAGGGAGAUUCCUCAUUAGUUUGAGUAGACCAGCUUAGAUCUUUAUUUUUUAAUGAAUAGGGAUUAUGACUGAAGUGUCCCCUUCUAUUGGAUUUUUUGCAUAAUUCUUAAAUUUUAUCACAACGGACGCUGACAACUCAUAUUCUCCAAAUUGUGUAUUCAGAAUCGAAUUGUAUGCUAAUUUCUCUGAGAUUUAUCAAUAAGAAAACGAUUUUCAUCAUUUACUGAAUUCAGUUUUCAAGCUCAAUUUCGCUCCAUACAAUUUGAUAUCUGCAAUUAGUAUUUAUGAAGUACACUACUUUCAAUAUUAUAGAAACUAAGAUUGAAUUUAUUUUCGUUCUUUUAAAUGCCCUAUACAAUUAAAGUUUUCCAACAAUGCUUUAUAAGACAGUCUAGCUCUUGUAUAAUGUGUUUCGGUUAAAUAUCCAAAGGACAGAGAUUAAAGACUAAAAAAUAUAGAAUCAAGUAAACUUACCCUCAUAGAAUUUUUUUUGGAUUAUUUUAUUUUUUUAUAUUUUACACUUCAAAUUUUUAUACUUCUAUUGAGAAUUUACAUGCAGAGCUACCAACAUUUUAAAUAUGACUGGGCAACCGGUAACAUACAGACCCGUUCUUGAUCGUAAGUGAUUGCUUUCACUGUAUCGUUUCUGUUUUUUUAAAAACAUCGUUUAUCAAAUCUAAUGUAAAAAGAAAGAUAUGUUUUCCUGAAUGGUGAUAAAAUUAUGUGAAUAAAAAGCCGCAAUUAAAGAAGGAUCUAUAACUAUUUGUUUUUCUUCUCAUUUUGGCUCCAAAUUCUCUAAUAUAUAGUAAUCCAUGUCAAUGACAUUUAGUUCAUUGUUAAGCAUUUUUUGAACAACACAAUUUAAAAAAAAAAAAAUCAACAACUUGUAUUUAAUUAGCUACUUUUUAUGUAUCAAAUUUUAUUUUAAGGAUACAAGUUAUCUGUGCUGAUGAUUGCUCUUUCACUUGCUGGAUUUAAUGGGCUACUCGUACUUUGUCUUAUGGCAUUUUGGAAAAGAAAAG